AAAUUGAUAGCUUCUAGCUAGCUACCCCCACUCCCCAUGUCUCUUUGAAUUCUAUAACUUACGUAGUACUUUUUAAUUUUGUUUUUCUUUACUUUUUAAGAUCAGGGAAUAUAAUAAAAGACAUUGUUGCAAUCACAAAUUUGCUAUAUCUCUCUAGCUUAAAGAAGAAGAGAAAAGAGUAAUAAUGGAGGAAGACAAAGUAGGAAGAAGUGGAAAGGAAAGAAAAUCGAAGGGGAUAACAACAAUCUUUUAUUAUGCAGAUUGGAUCGAUUAUCUCCUAAUGAUUUCGGGUGCCAUUGGAGCUAUUUGUGAUGGAAUGUCCAUAAACUGCCUCUUAGUCUUUGCUAGCAGCCUUAUGAAUAGCCUAGGCUUUGGCCAAAACCAACACAAUAAUGCUGAUACCUUCAUGUCUAAUGUCCAAAAGUGUAGUUUAUACUUUGUUUAUUUGGGACUAGCAGUCAUGGUGUUAGCUUUCAUGGAGGGAUUCUGUUGGAGCAAAACAAGUGAGCGACAAGUAUUGAGAAUUCGGUACAAGUAUCUUGAAGCCGUACUUAGGCAAGAGGUUGGGUUCUUUGAUUCACAAGAGGCUACUACUUCUGAAGUUGUGAAUAGUAUAUCCAAAGAUACUUCACUUAUUCAAGAAGUUUUAAGUGAGAAGGUGCCAAUAUUCUUGAUGCACUCAUCAUCAUUCUUAUCAGGAAUUGCAUUCUCUGCUUACUUCUCCUGGAGGUUAGCAAUAGUAGCAUUCCCAACAGUAAUACUAUUACUCAUUCCAGGUUUGAUCUAUGGGAAAUACCUUCUAAUUUUGUCAAAAAAGUCCUACAAAGAAUACAGUAAAGCCAACAACAUUAUAGGAGAGGCCUUAAGCUCUAUCAAAACUGUGUAUUCCUUCACUGCUGAGAAGACAAUUCUGGAAAAAUACGCUCUCAUCUUGGACCGAACAUUAAAGCUAGGGAUUAGGCAAGGGAUUGCGAAAGGUUUGGCAGUUGGAAGUACGGGGCUUGCUUUCGCUAUAUGGGCCUUUAUUGCUUGGUAUGGAAGUCGACUUGUUAUGUACCAUGGAGAAACUGGUGGCAAAAUUUAUGCUGCUGGUGUUACAUUUAUUAUGGGAGGAGUAUCACUUGGGAGUGCACUCCCAGAAAUGAAGCAUUUCACAGAAGCUUCAGUAGCAGCAUCAAGAAUAUUCGAGAGGAUACAUCGGACUCCAUUAAUCGAUGGUGAGGCUACGAAAGGCCUCAUUCUAGACAGAGUUCAAGGAGAGAUACAAUUUGAGCGAGUUAAAUUUACUUAUCCCUCUCGUCCUGAUACCAUUAUCCUCAAAGAUUUUGACCUUAAAGUGGAAGCAGGGAAGACUGUUGCCCUUGUUGGAGCAAGUGGGAGUGGGAAAUCUACUGCUAUUGCCUUACUUCAGAGAUUCUAUGAUGCCAAUGAAGGGGUUGUAAAGAUUGAUGGCAUUGAUAUAAGGAGGUUGAAGUUGAAAUGGAUUAGGGGGAAAAUGGGGCUUGUUAGUCAAGAUCAUGCUUUGUUUGGCACUUCUAUCAAGGAGAAUAUCAUGUUUGGUAAGCUUGAUGCUACUAUGGAUGAAGUUAUUGGUGCUGCUGAAGCAGCAAAUGCACACAACUUCAUUAGACAACUUCCUCAAGGCUAUGAAACCAAGAUUGGUGAAAGAGGUUCACUUAUAUCAGGAGGUCAAAAGCAAAGAAUCGCGAUUGCUAGGGCAAUUAUCAAGAACCCUGUCAUUCUUCUCUUGGAUGAAGCUACAAGUGCAUUGGAUUCAGAAUCUGAAACUCUAGUUCAAAACGCACUCGACCAAGCUUCACUUGGCAGAACUACUUUGGUAGUCGCACACAAGCUCUGCACAGUGAAAAAUGCAGACGUAAUUGCAGUAAUCAACAACGGAGAAAUCAUGGAGAUGGGAUCACACAAAGACCUUAUGCACAAAACCAAUGGCCAUUACGCGAAGCUAGCAAAAAUGCAGAAGCAACUCAGCUGCAAUGACAUUGACCAUGGUUAUGAACCAGGUGUUACUUCUUCGGUUCCUAGAAGUGCAGGAAGGCUAAGCACUGCGCGAUCAAGUCCUGUUGUUUUCACUACACCAUUACCUGAUUUUGAAGACUCAAAACUAUCAACAAAAAAGAAACUUUCACCUUCAUUUUCACGGCUUCUUUCCCUUAACUCUCCUGAGUGGAAACAAGGCCUAAUCGGAAGCCUAUCUGCAGCAGCCUUUGGCGCAGUGCAACCUACCUAUGCCUUAACAAUAGGUUCAAUGAUAUCUGCAUUUUUUGUAACAAAUCACGAGGAAAUGAAGGCGCGAAUCAGAAACUAUUCCAUCAUUUUCUCACUUCUUUCUAUCUUUUCCAUCACAUUCAACCUCGUUCAACACUCGAGUUUUGCCUACAUGGGGGAGCGCCUCACUAAGAGAAUCCGCCUGAAAAUGCUAGAAAAAAUCCUGAGUUUUGAGACUGCUUGGUUUGAUGAUGAGGAGAAUUCUAGUGGAGCAUUAUGCUCAAGACUAAGCAACGAGGCGACAAUGGUUAAAUCCUUAGUAGCAGACAGAGUUUCUCUCCUAGUUCAGACCAUUUCAGCUGUAACAAUUGCAAUGGUAAUGGGAUUAGUCACAGCAUGGAAGCUCGCGCUUGUAAUGAUCGCGGUCCAACCCAUCACCAUCCUUUGCUUCUACACAAGAAAAGUUCUACUCUCUAGCAUAACAAAUAACUUUAUAAAGGCACAAUAUCAAAGCACACAAAUCGCGGUUGAGGCAGUUUAUAACCAUAGGAUAGUGACUUCUUAUGGGUGUGUAGGGAAAGUACUCGAGUUAUUUGAUGAAGCACAAAAUGAGCCUAGAAAGCAGGGGAGAAAGAAGUCAUGGUUAGCCGGGAUUGGUAUGGGUUCUGCACAAGGACUAACAUUUAUGUGUUGGGCAUUGGAUUUCUGGUAUGGAGGAAAGUUAGUUGAAAACAAAGAGAUUUCUGCUGGGGAUGUUUUUAAGACUUUCUUUGUGUUGGUUAGUACUGGUAGGGUUAUUGCAGAAGCUGGGAGUAUGACUACUGAUCUUGCUAAGGGUUCAGCUGCCGUUGCUUCGGUUUUUCAGAUUCUCGAUCGGAAUUCUCACAUUCCGGUGUCUUCGUCAGUUUCUCAGGGCGGAGGAGGAACUCCACCAGGGACAAAACUAAAAAGGAUAACAGGAAGAAUAGAGCUAAGGAAGGUAGACUUUGCAUACCCAACCCGAGCAGAGAGCGCGAUCCUACGACAAUUCAGCCUAGAAGUGAAGGCAGGAACAAGUGUUGGGUUAGUAGGGAAGAGUGGGUGUGGGAAGUCAACAGUAAUAGCCUUAAUCCAAAGGUUCUAUGAUGUUGAUAGAGGAUCAGUCAAGGUAGAUGGGGUUGACAUAAGAGAGUUGGAUGUGGUUUGGUAUAGAAAGCAUAUGGCACUUGUUAGUCAAGACCCUGUUAUUUAUUCUGGAACUAUUAAGGACAAUAUUCUUCUUGGCAAGGUUGAUGCUACUGAGACUGAAGUUGUUGAGGCUUCCAAGGCUGCUAAUGCUCAUGAGUUCAUUUGCUCCUUGAAAGAAGGGUACCAAACAGAAUGUGGGGAGAGAGGUGUACAACUUUCAGGAGGUCAAAAACAAAGAAUUGCUAUAGCAAGAGCAAUACUCAGAAACCCUAGUAUUUUGUUACUUGAUGAGGCUACUAGUGCUUUGGACAUGCAAUCUGAGAAGUUAGUCCAAGAAGCCUUGGAUAGAGUCAUGAUAGGCCGAACCACCAUCGUGGUGGCUCACCGCCUUAACACCAUCAAAAACCUCGACACCAUUGCCUUCGUUGAGGAAGGCGCGGUGGUGGAGCGUGGAACCUACACCCAACUCAAACACAAGCGCGGCGCUUUCUUCAACCUUGCUAGUCUACAAACCUUGACUUAAUUAAGGUAUGGAAACUAAUUAGAUUAGCCCACUAUUUAUCUGUUUUGUAUAAUAGACCAUCUCCUAUAUACCAUGCAUAAAUGUGCAGUAUAUAUAUUGUACUACCACAAUAUGUAUUUGUCUUGAGUUGUAGUGGAUCUUGGGAGAAGUUGUAUAGCCAUGGCCCAUUACAUAAGUGUGAGCCUAAUUUUAACAUUGAUGACUUAGCUACAUUCUCUUUACACGAAAUGAGGUGUUAUGAUCUGGUUUUUUAA